AGCUAAAACAAGUGAGUGAAAGGGUACAUGCAAAUUCUCAAAAAAAAAGAAAUAAAAAAACGAACAAAUAAAUUAAAAAUUUAAAGAAUUAAAAUGCUGCCAAAGUCUAUUUGGAUGGUGAUACUGUCAAUGCUAAUGGCACAGCAUAGAACUAUAGCUUGUUGGGAGGAUAUAAAUACUGAGCAUAGAAAUAUUAUUUUGUCGUCGAUUAACAAUAGCGUUGUGCCAUGUGAAGACUUUUACGACUUUGCCUGUGGGAAUUAUGCUAAGCUGCACAAUUCAACUGACUACCAGGAAAUUACCAGUUUAAUGGAUCAUCAAUACAAUAAUAUUGUUUUCAAUCUAAUUGACAGUCUAUAUCAGCAUGAUCACCAAGUGCCUGCUAAGUGCCAGUCAUUUGUAGAAAAGACUAGAGUGUAUUUGAAGGCCUGUCGCCGAGAAACCAAUAGAAAUCUAAAACGAUAUUUUGAAGAACUAAAACCAGGACCACAACUUGAUUGGCCCAUAUUGCAGUUCAAGGCAAUCAAAAAGUCUAAGCGAAAUCUAUGGCCAGCUGACACGGAUUUUGAUAUAUGGUCACUUUUGGGUAAAUUACAGUCGUAUGGGUUAAAUAAUGUUUUCAUAAAUCAAGAGAUUUUGGUGGAUAGUGAUGGCGCUAUUAGCAUAAUGAUGGAACCAGCUUUUAUUGAGAAUAAUAGUAAUAGUACUUUGCCAGACCCUUCAAUUUUAUUUGUUUUAUUAAAAGCCUUGGGAGUAGACAAACCCCAAUUAUUUAUUAGGGAUUUGCUGCAAACAGAUAAAGAGUUGUUGGAUAUUUUGGAAAAGCAUGGCGAUACCAAUGAAGAAAGCAAGGAAAUUACUUAUAAUGAAUUUCAGUUGAAAUAUCCAAAUUUAGUUGUGUUUCUCAGUGAAUUAUUUAGACAUCAAUUGCCAGCAGACAGCAUAAUUUUGCUAAGGAAUCCCGACUACCUCCAACACCUAAAUGAUUUAGGCUAUCAAGGAAGUUUAAAGAAGCAUUUAUUGUGCAAUUAUCUAAUGAUGAAAUUUCUCUUCUAUCUGGCUAAGGACAGUACGGCAGAUUUUAAGGCUUUGGAUUGUGUAAAAGAUCUAAGAAAUAAAAUGGAUGUGGCUGUAAAUUUCCUUUACUAUUACCACAUAUAUGCCAAAAAUGCCGAUCUCUAUAAUCCAGCUGUUUAUGAAUUAUUCAAAAGUAUAAUAGACAUGAUGGGUACAAAUUUCCACAACAAUCGUUUAAAUUUAACGGAAUCACAAAUACAAUUUUUAAUGGAUAAAUUGUAUAAAAUACGUUUGAAUAUAGGCAAUUUGCCAGAUGAUCUAACAUUUGAAAAGGUAGAGGAAUUUUAUGAGAACAUACCGGAUUUGGAUAAACACAAUUACUAUAAAAAUCAUUUGCUAUUGCUAAGACAUCGUUUCGAUAAAUCUCUAAGUUAUGCCCAAAACGAAACCCAUUACAUUGUAGCAGACAAUCGCUUGGGCAGUUCGUCGGGCGCAUUUUAUGUGGCCAAACAAAAUAUGAUCAUUUUACCGUUUGGCAGUCUCGUGAGACCACUCUACGAUGUUGGCUAUCACGAUCUCUACAAAUAUUCUCUGUUGGGCUUUAUUUUGGCCCAUGAGAUAACACAUGCCUUUGACACAACUGGCCUAAAUUUUGAUGGUUUUGGCGAUACUCUAGAGGAUGAUAACAACAUAUUGGAAAAUGAAAAUUUCAAUAACUCUCUGCAGUGUUUGAAUUCCCAGCUGGAAACUGAUAGCAUAGAUGAACGUAUGGCGGAUAUUUUAGCCAUAGAUGUUAUUUAUAAAAUUUAUAUUUCAAAAUUCAAUAAUAUGACGCCAGCUAGUGUAAAAUCUACUUGGAAUAGAGAUUUCUAUUUGAAUUUGGCCCAGUUCUUUUGUGGCAAAAGCAAUGUCAGAUUUAUUGAUCACGAUACGGAUGCUCAGCGUUUGCAUCAGAUUGUCAUAAAUUCAGAAGGAUUUGCGCAGGCAUUUAGUUGUGCAGGCAACACUACAAUGAAUCCGAGUGAAAGGUGUACUGUUUAUUAACUAAGCUGAGUGUUCAGACAUUUGUAGUUGUUAAGUUUAAAUUAAGGAAUAAAUGAUCAUUUUUAAGUUGUAGUACAUUAGAAAAA